ACGGAUUAAUUUGGGUGGAUUUAUGGGCCCCUGGUAGUAUUUUUAUGAGAAAUUGACACAUUCUUCUUUCUUUCAAUUCUUUUUGUGAUCUCAUAUUGUCAUUUGCGGAUUAAUUUGGGUGGAUUUGCAGCAUAUUUUUAUCUCAGACGAUUUCGCCGAAAGCCUGAAUAUAGUACAUAUAUCUCAAACAAAAACAAAUAAGGUGGGCGAAGGAAUCAUGUACUGCAUACAGGAGAGACAGAGCCAGAGGUCCAGAGAAGACUCUCUGCCUCCCCAGAGUCGUGCUUCUACACAUCAUUGCACUAUUAAAUUGUGUAGGAUUCAUUCCUACACCCUGCUUCUUCAUCACAUUGAUCAGGAUGCUGUGGAGGCUGCAGCUAAUCCCCUCAAAAUUACAACCGGCUGUGGUGGUGGUCGUCGUGGCUUUGAUAAUUCUGGCACGUCCCUCGAUCCAGAAUCCGGUUUCUGUGAAAAACGAGAUGAGCGCUAAGAAGCUGAUAGUGCAUUAUCAACAGUCGGACAGUGACUUGUGCUGUCGUACCAUUUACUGGGUGGUCAGGGAUGAUGGGGUUCAUCUAGUUUACCCGGAGGGAGAAAUCGAAUCCUAUCGACGGGAGUGGAAACACCUCUAGCCUGUUAGUGUUGUGGUAUAUGAUACACGAUUGAACCUCUCCCAACAACUCGAGUUAUUGGGAUCAACUGGUUCUUGACAUGGUAUCAGAGCCUUCUGUGACCGAGAGGUCUUGUGUUCGAUUCCCGGUAAACCCCAUUUGUUAAGCACAUGGUAUUCUGUGCAAACUUCAAGCCCUUGUGAGUGGCUUUCGUUUGAGAGGGCGUGUAAGUGUUGUGGUAUAUGAUACACGAUUGAACCUCUCCCAACAACUCGAAUUAUUGGGAUCAACUGGUUCUUGACAUAGCCAUAGGAUUGGGUUGCACCGCUUGUGCUUCCAUUCUUUUACUCUCUGUUCUGUUUCGGGUCCGUGAACCCUUUUCCUUUUCUUUUAAUAAAAUUUUCAUCCUUAUAAAAAAAAAUUAAUAAUAAUAAAGAAAGAAAGAAAGAAAUUCAUUCUAUAAGGUAUCUAACCAUAUUUAUUCACACUCAUAAACCAUAUCUUUUCAAUCCAAAUAGUUGUAUAAAUUUUUGGUUGAAUCCUUUUGAAGCAACGAGACCAUGGCCAUAUAGGGAACUACCAACAUAUAUGCGUCGAAGUCCAAGGGAAGGAAUUGCUUCCCUUUUACCUUGACUCCUAUCUGAAGAAUCGACAUGUUUUUUUGUAAGAAAUUAUGAUUACCUCAAUUUCACCGAAAGCUACAAUACAAUACAGCUCAAACAAAUAAGAUGGGCGAAGGAAUCAUUUAAUCAUUAUACACGAGGGAGAGAGAGAGAGGUUCAGAAGGCUCUCCUACUCCAAUAUUAACACGUCCGCAUGUUUUGAACGUGGAGAGGAAAGAAGUCCCUUUUGCCCCCACUGGCCAUAGCCGUGUUGCUUCUCCUACAUCAUUUUCAUUGCACUAUAAAGUCAGCCAAAACCUACACACCCUUCAUCAUCAAAUUGAUCGAUCAACAACAUGUGGCGGCUGCUAAUCCCCUCGAAAUCACGAGUGGCGGUGCUUGCCGCGGCCUUCAUCAUAUUGAUUGCAGCGCACCCCUCAACCCAGCUUAGUACGUCGACCGUUUAUGUCGAAAACGAGUUGAGUGGCAACAAGAAGCUGAUAGUGCAUUGUCGAUCCAAAGACGACGAUGUCGGAGCUCAAGCCGUCGACAUAGGCGCUGCAUUGCACUGGGGGUUUACUCCCUACGAGGGCACACUCUUUUGGUGCAAGUUGGCGGUGGAAGAUCGACGUCUUUCCUUCGAUGCAUAUAAUGGGAAGAAGGCCGAUAUUCGCUGUCGCGAUGUUCGCUGGGCGGCUAGGGACGAUGGGGUUCAUCUACUGAAUUCGGAUGGUACCGAAAUAGAAUCCUAUCGAAAAGAGUGGAAGCACCUGUUCUAGCUCUAAUUCGUACUUUGUUUACUGUACUAUUUUAUAUUUUGACCUUAGCAUCGGUAUGUUUUUUUGUCGCCUAUAAUAUCCAGAUUUUUCAUUUUCUCUAAUGAUACUUAUUGAUUUCCAUCUUUUGUUGUUUUCAAUUGGUUACUACGAUUCAGAUCCAUGGGCGGGUCAUCCGAACCCAUGGAUCCUUGAGUCAUCCUAUAAUGUCCUUUUUCACUUUCUAUGUGAGUUGCCUCUAAUAUUCUUUCUCCUUUCUUCUAAUCCACAAACCCAACUCGGAUCAAGCCAUUUCGGAGAGGGUCCGUUGAGCUCCCUUUUCUAUAAUGGUAAGCGCUGCUAGGGUAAGACGACAUCACAAGCUGAUGAGAGGGCACCGGCAGGUCAUGGAAAAAGAUGAAGGUUCUUUUAAGCACUUUGCAUCGAUAUGUUCUUUUGAACCCUAUAAACAAGAUUUUCAUUUUCCCUAAUGAAGCUAAUUACGUACACUGUAGUUUGUUUGCUCAUAUAUAUAUAUUUUUACAUUCCACUAGAUUAUUCUACGAAUUGCAUGCUUAAUGUGAAUCCGGAUGUCGUAAAUUAUAAGUCACUACGAACCAUGAAGCAAACCUUCCCCUGGUUUGUCUGGCACCUAAAGAAUUUGAAUCGUUGUUGCACAUCAGCAAAAACAAUGCCUCAGAUAGGGCUGGCUAUUUGGACCGGGACCGGAUGAAAAACCGGAAACCGGACCGUAUAACCCGGACCGAGACCGGACCGGGACCGGAUAGUAAACAAUCCAAUCCAAUUUUUGGGUUUAGAUUUGAGGUAAAAAACCGGAUAAAGACCGGAUAAGAGAGCUCAACACCCAAAACUUAAGGGUAAUUUGCAUAAACGGUCACAAACCUUUACACUUAGUACAAAACUUAACCAACUCCUCACCCUUUUAGGCCUUAGGCCACUCAAAUUCCCACAAUCUCAAUAUAAAAUCAAGAUCGAAUUGGGACCGGAUCGAGUCAAGACCGGACCAGAUCAAGACCGGACUGUAUCCAAUCCAAUCUUCGGUCCUUAUAUUUUCAAAAAAACCGGACUGGACCGGAUCAAUUUGGGCCAAUUUAACCGGACCGGACCGUAUAGCCACCCCUAGCCUCAGAGAUCGAUGCGGCAGACAAUUUAUGGCAAGAAAUAUACAUUGCGAGCCCAGACUAUGAUGAACCACACAUUCGCAUCCCCGCAAUCUAAGCACACACAAACUUUUAAACCACUACUCUCCUGUUAGUCUAAACUAGCUACCCUUUACUCACUUUUGAUCGUGAGGCCUUGCCAUGUGUACCAUAUGGUGUUAAGGCUCUUAGCUUCUACCGAUGCUACAUUUAUCUCUAUCCAUCAAUCUUGCCUUUCGAGUUCCAAUUGUCUUCUCUAUGUGCAUCCCUCACAUUCAUGUUUAAGUUGUGUUGUACUUCUAAUUCAAGAACGAAGAAUAUGUUAGCAGUUUGUCGUUUGAUCAAUAUUCAUGUUGCAAUAAUUUCAUGCCCUGCCACAUAGCGCGGACUUCCGUUCUAGUUUGAGAUUAAAAAGUUAAGUUUACUGUGAGUCUAUAACUAUAGUCCACUUACAUUCAUCCAUUCUUUAGCGGAUCACAUAUUUUACAACCCACAUUCAUCGAUCUAUAAGAAUUAAGAACCGCCCACAACAUAUUGGAUGGGUCAAUUGCGGGUUAAUUUUAGUGGAUGUAUUCCCCCUAGCGCGCGAGUGACUGUAAUUUUGUGAUAACGUACAUGGAAAAUUGACGCGUUUUUUCUUUCUUUCAAACCUUGUGCAGCACAUUAUCAUCUCUGACGAUUUCGCCGAAAGUCUGAACGUAGUACAUACAUCUCAAACAAAACAAAUAAGAUGUGCGAAGGAAUCAUAUGAUGUAUACAGGAGAGACAAAGCCAGAGGUCCAUAAAACUGUCUGCCCCUCCAGAGCCGUGCGGCUUCUACACAUCAUUGCAAUAUUAAAAGAAAAAGAAAAAAAAAAC